AUGGCCAGAGUGAGAUCCUUUAAAAUAAGUCAUAUUGAAAAAGGGCAAAAUGAGCAGGAUUCAGCGGUGAAGUUGGAGAAGAAGUUGGUGAAGAAACUGUACCCAAAUUCAGCCCUAUUCACAAAGUGGGGGGACGGACUCUCAGAGGAGGAGCAGAAGGAGGCAGAAGAGCUGUAUCUGAGAUACGGGUACAAUGCCUUCCUGAGCAACAAGCUGCCCCUGAACAGGCAGAUCCCAGACACCAGACAUACGAGAUGCACAGAGAAAAAAUACCCAAAGGAACUCCCCACAAUCAGCGUGGUGCUGAUCUACCUGGACGAAGCCCUGUCCAUCAUCAAAAGAGCCAUCCGCAGUAUCAUAGACAAGACACCUGCUCACCUGCUUAAGGAGAUCAUACUGGUGGACGAUAACAGUUCUAAUGAGGAUCUGAUGGACAAGCUGGACGCCUAUAUCAGGUUCAUCCAUGAGGAGCGGCCAGGCCUGGUGAAGAGGGUGAAGCACACAAAGCAGAUGGGUCUGACCCAGGCCCGCAUCUCAGGGUGGAAGGCUGCAACUGGGGAUGUGGUGGCCAUCUUAGAUGCUCAUAUCGAGGUCCAUGUGGAAUGGGCAGAGCCACUGCUGGCACGAAUUAAGGAGGACCGGACUGUGGUGCUGACUCCAGUGUUUGACAGGGUGAAUUUUGAUGACCUAAAGGUUAUAAAAUAUAUGCCGGCAGCAGAUGCUUUUGACUGGGCUCUGUGGUGCAUGUAUGAGGGCUUCAGACCUGAGUGGUACAAGCUCAAUGAUGAAUCACAGCCAGGGAAGAGUCCCUCCAUCAUGGGUAUUCUAGUGGUUGACAGAAUUUUCUUUGGGGAAAUUGGAGUGCUGGAUGGUGGGAUGAAAAUCUAUGGUGGGGAAAAUGUGGAGCUAGGAAUUCGGGUGUGGCUGUGCGGAGGGAGUAUAGAGGUAGUGCCAUGCUCCAAGAUCGCCCACAUUGAGAGAGCCCACAAACCCUACCUGCCUGACCUUAGCAUCACCAUGAAGAGGAAUGCACUCAGGGUGGCUGAGAUCUGGAUGGAUGAGUACAAGGACAAUGUCAAAAUUGCUUGGAACCUUCCAUUAAAGGAUCAUGGGAUUGACAUUGGGGACGUAUCAGAGAGAAAGAAACUCAGGGAGAGGCUGAAUUGUAAACCUUUCAAGUGGUACCUGGACAAUGUUUAUCCAAUGCUGGAAAGCUGGGAUGACCUAAUUGCCUAUGGUGCUCUGAUUAACGACCUUAAGGAUGAUCUCUGUAUUGACCAAGGACCUGUUCCUGGAAGUAAACCCAUGCUCUAUGGAUGUCACUACUACAAUCCUCAGCACUGCUACUACCGCACAAAUGGACAGAUUUACAUUGGGGGCAUAAAAUCUCACAAAUACAAUAGAAAUCGAUGCUUGAUGGAUACUGGCACAGAUAAUACCCCUUCACUGUAUGAAUGUCAACUGGCCAAGGAAAAGGGAUACCACAUGUACUGGGACUUCAAACAGGGCCAGGCCAUAAGGAACAGAGAAACAAAGAGAUGUCUGGAGAUGGCUGUGGGAGAAGAUACAUACUAUCAUCUUGUCAUUCGGGAGUGCAGUGGACAACACUGGAAAAUACAGCAUGUGAUUAAGGACUUCUAA